UCCUUACCAUUUGUGGCCUAAUCUUUCAUAUCUACAGUCUCAAAUCUUAAUAUAUUAGCAAUAAAUAAUUCUAUAUUUCCUCAUAUACUCACUAUUGCGUAUAUCUUCCACAUCAAUGUUUUCCAUGUAUUCUCUCUUCACACUCGCUGUGAACAUAUAUUUAUGAUCAAGAAAUCAAACAAGCCAAAAAUGCCGGCUGUUUGGAUUGGUCUACGGAGGUCGAUGAAAUGCCGAUCACACGAAGCCGAUGUCCAUGAUCCGGACACUGGAAGCAAGAAUCCGAGCACGAAGAAGCCGAGUGGCGUUGGCAGCGGGCGGUGUGGCUGUUCGAGGUCAAUUGCGAAUCUGAAAGACGUGAUCAAUGGGAGCAAGAGGCAUACGGAGGAGAAGCAGCCGCGGAUCAGCAGCCCGAGAUCCAUCGGAAGCAGCGAGCUUCACAACCCGAUAACGCAUCAUGUUGUGCUUGAUAGCGCUACUUGCGAACUGAAAAUACGCGGUGGCUCUGAUUUUGUCGGGUUUCACGUGGGGCAUAAGCCGGUUGUUUUGGGCAGCCCGGUCAGGAGGUUGUCGAGAAGGGGCGGUGUCGCUUCCACAAGGCCGAGAUCUUCGCUCGGAUGCCCCUUCUGCCCUAAAUGUGGCGACCAGUUUGUUAGAUGGGAAGCUGUUGAGGCGCAUCAUCUCUCUAAACACGCAGUUAGUGAACUCGGCGAGGGAGACUCUUCCCGAAGAAUCGUGGAGAUAAUAUGUCGAGCGAGGCUCGACAAAAUCGAGAGGAUUCUGAAGGUGCACAACAUGCAACGAACAUUAGCACAAUUUGAGGAAUACCGAGAGCUAGUGAAAAUCAGAGCAAACAAGCUAGCUAAAAAGCAUCCCCGUUGCCUGGCCGAUGGGAACGAGCUGCUGAGAUUCCACGGUGCGACAGUGGAGUGCACCCUCGGCCUCAAGGGGUCGUCCGGCCUCUGCACUUCAGAGAAGUGCAGGGUGUGCCAAAUCCUAAGAGACGGGUUCGUGGCAAAGAAAGAGGGAGUGUUCACUGCUUCGACAAGUGGGAGAGCCAUCGAGAUGGUGGAGGGGGAUUCGUCGUUGAGAAAGGCCCUCAUAGUUUGUAGAGUGAUAGCCGGAAGGGUGCAUAGACCGGUCGAGAGUAUGGAGGAAAUGGCUGUUGAAUCCGGUUUCGAUUUGGUUGCUGGGAAAGUUGGUGAAGAGCUCUAUUUGCUCAGCCCCAGAGCUCUGCUUCCUUGCUUUGUGGUCUUAUAUAAGUGUUGAACAUAGGUUUGAUUAGUUUUCCACUUAUUAGUUUUGAACAACGGAAUUUGAACUUACACUAAUUUACAAAAAAAUAAAAAAUUAAAAUGUUCAUUUAGUA